AUGCUGUUAGCAAUCUCUCUAUUAUUUAGUGUGGAAUAUGUAGACUGUAGAGGAAAAAAGAAGAGAGGUAGUUCCGCUAAUGCUGCAAGUUGCGCCUCUAGAGGUCUAGACUGUUCAGCUACGUGCUGUCUUGAUAGUACUUGUGCAAUUGAUUUAGCUGACUGUGCAGGUUAUACUAAUAGAGAAUACAUGGAGAUAUAUAUUGGUUUUGGUACCCUUGUAGCUUUAGUAAUUGGAAUCCCAAUAAUGAUAUCUUGUCUCAAUUUUUGCCUAAUGUAUAAAUUCUGUCAAACAGUUAACGAAGAAGAUGAUACAAAGGAUGGAGGCUUCACUAUUUGUGAGAUAAUUCCCAGGUUUAUGUGCUGCUGUUUCUUCAACAGAAAUAAUCGAACGAACUAAGAUGAUGAUGAUGAUCUUGAGGCUGAGAGUUCACAAAAUUAUAACUUGAAAGCAGAGAGUACUGAGAAAACUCAGCAUUCAGAUAAUCACAGACACGGAAAGGUAAAAUCAGCAUCUGGAAAGCUAAGUCCCUCUGGUUCAAACGAUGACAUAAAAGCAACAAAUAGAUCUUCAUAGGAUGAUGAUGAAUACCAUAAAAGUGAUAACCAUUCUAAAAAAGCAGGGAAAUAAAAGAAAAUAUAUAAGAAUAAAUGUGUUAAGUGCCUUUGCAUAGUUUUUUGCUGUGUUGACUCAAACAUCAAUGAAGACGACAAGGGCCAAGAGGAUGGCUAAGUUCUUCUUAACAAAAAUGAGGAAAUUGAUUUCGAUCCAAGAAGGAGUAACACUCCUUCAAAAUAGGGAACUUAAAGAAUUCUUGCCGAUAAAUUAAACCAAAGCAGCAGCAAAAGAGAAAUUGAAAGCAUAAAUGAGGAAGAGGAAGAAAAUGGGUCCCAAUCAAACACUCAAUUUCUAGCCUACAAUUUCUUGAAGUAAAUUGUUCAGGCGAACAAAGAAUUCAAUAACACCAUUGAGAAUAUUAUAGAGACUGUUUUCACUGGAGUAAGUAUGCAUCAAAUUAUGCAUGUUUACACCCCUUAACUUAAUACUAUGCAAUACUUUAGUUCUAUGAUGCCAUAAAUUCCACAAACACAUAUGAACAUUAUCCUCUAUAAUUAGGGGUUACAAUAGUAGUAAAACGGUGCAAAUCAGUUAGGACAAUGUGAUAUGAAUCCAUUAUCAAAUAAUGCUCAAAAUAUUCAAGCAAUAGAUACAAAUACCAAAAAAAAGAAAAAGAAGGAGGUGUAGCCAAGAGCUGAUGGAAAACAGCAUAUUCCCACUAGCUAUAUGAUAUUUUUUAAUGAGCAUAGACAGCUUUACAGUUCUAAAUUCCCAAAUUUAAAAGUAAAUGAUCUUGCUAAAAUGAUAGGUGAGUAAUGGAGAAGCUUAAGAGAUGAUUAAAAGCAAAUAUAUAGAAAUAUUAGCCAUUAUAUGAGAGAUAAUCCUAUUCCUGGAGUAUGCACUAGUAAAAUUGAUGGUAUUCUCUAAUAUAAGAGAGCAAUGGGCAUAAAUGUUGAUGCUAGCACUUAUGAAAUCUAACUCAUAAAUAAUGGUGAAGAUGCUGUGCUUCAAUAGGUUGGUGAUAAAGCAGAGGAGAAGCCAAAAUUGAAUGAAAAUGAUAUUAACCCUGACUGUUAUUCAUAAAACUCUAAUCAUCUUGUUCUCUAAGAAUCUUCAUUUGGAAAUGCAAUUAAUCCUGAGGAUUAAAUUGAUCUAGCUUAAGAUAAAAAGUAAAGCGAGUAAAGCACUGGUUCAAGUGGCAGUAUUAUGGAUGAGAACAACAAUUAGGAAAAGGAUCAGAAUAAAACAAUCUUUAAUAAUCCUGUGAAUGAUGACUUUCUCCUCAAGUAUAAUUAAUAACUUAUGAUGGAAGAAUGA